AUGGCGCGGCUGCAGGCAAGAAAGAGGCCGCGAAUAGACAAUCAUCCGCCAGACCAAGUCCCAUCUAAGAGGGCGAAAUUGAGCGGCGUCUACCCAGUAGACGGCCCUCCACACGAUCAAGCUCCAUUCGACAGGACAAUCCCAAAUGGUGUGUUUCCUAAGCCUUCGCGAUCGCCGAACCGAAAGAGACGAACAACCGAUCCUUUACAAGACCAACCCCCUUUAAAGAAGCCGAAAUCGCGUGGUGCUGUCCACAGGGCUUCGAGCUUCCCUUCCGAAUUCUACGAUAAUCUGUCUAAGGUUUGGCUCACGCGUCGCGCGUUGCAAGAAGUCGACCGCCGGAACGACAGUCUCUCUCUGCCAAAGCUUCCAGCCCACCAAAAACACAUUCGAGAUUUGGCCCAAACCAUAAAGGAGGGUGGUUCUGACCUUGCUCGCUUUGCGAGGACCGGUGGUCCAGAUCUCAGCGAUCUUCAGGGGUGUCCAGAGCCGAUAAGUACCGCGCAUACGAUGGCUUCUAUAUCGUCCUCUGUGACAAGCAAGCGUGUCUCAGCGGGCAGCGUGCGAACACAGUCAACCGAGGUGACUACUGUUUCCAACAGAAGCAGGCGCUCAUCCGCAUACGAUGCCAAUUUCAGGCAACAUUGUAUCGACUACCACAUCUACCCUCCUGUUUACAAGUUUCCCGAUGGCACCCGGCCCCCGAAGCCGGCAAACUUUGAAGAGAUCCGUCAGGCUUUAAAGACCCCAAGGCGUUCUCUUUCCCCCUCUGUUGUUCCCGAUACCGCUUUUGACGAUUUUCAAGACAAAAAUGCGACCAGAUCUGAAGGCACAGUGAUGCGCACCGUGGUUCCGCUCAUUAUUGGCAAUAGCGAUAUCCUGAAUGAGGGGCAUCUUCCGUUUACUAACUUGGCCUCAAUAACGGACAACACUAUUGUAAACCCAAUACCCGACUUUUUCGAUGGUGCUCAUCCCGAGGCUGUGAACAAGAAAGUAAGAGAAGAUUUGGACGAGAUCAUAAUACCGACGAAAAAGGGGGGAGUUCCCAUAGCGCCUAACUUUUUCCUGGAAGCCAAAGGCCCCGGGGGCUCCAUCGAGGUAGCGAUGGGACAGGCAGUCUUGGACGGCGCGCACGGGGCUCAUUCCAUGCACGCCUUGCAAAAUUAUCUCAUGGAUGAACCCGUCUACGAUGGCAACGCCUAUGCAUUCACUUCAACCUUGCUUGACGGAUACCUCAAACUAUACGCACACCAUCUCACUGCUCCUGCUAAGUGCGGACAAGGGCCGAGCUAUCACAUUACUUUACUCAAAGCUUAUGCUCUGAGUGAUGACGAGGUUUAUUCACAGGGCAGGGGGGCAUUUAGAAAUCUUAGGAUAAGGGCGAAAGAGUACCGCGACCGAUUUAUCGGGAUCGCCAAUGCGAGAGUACGCGAUCGAAGCACAGAGGAUGCAGACACAGAAUGGAAUGUUGCAAGCAUGGCUGGCGAACAGCAAGAUAUUGGCUCGAGUCCUCUCGAUUUUUAUGAUUGUCGCAUGUUCGCCGAACCAGAUGACGAGGAAAAGACCCAGGAGAUCCAGGAGACUCAGCAGAGCAACGUGGGGCUGGCAAUUCACACAUAUGGCGAUGAUGACGUGGACGACGCUGGGGAUUCAACAUGCUUUGCAACGAGCUUCACAUCAAGCUUCACGUCGACCAGCCGGGAAGAACACCUACGUUCCCAGCGUCCGCCUAAGAUGCCACGCAGCCCUCCCUCGCCUUCAUCUACCCGGCAAUCCAAGAGAGCCGGUUGA